GGCACGGGCAUUAUGGCCGUGUAUUCUGAGAGCGGCUGACUGUGCUCGGAAGUGGACUUUCUCGGAGCUAUAUAACCUGUCUCAGUAUUAGCGCAUCAAGGAACCAUUCGUUCUUGAGCGAUAUUAUUUGCUAAUGGCUACCGCAGCAACACUCGCGCCUCACGACGUACCUACCACUCUCAAUUACUAUGUGCCUGCGGGGGAUGAUGAGCCACCGUUUACAUACGUUGAAAAGGCUCCGGAGGGAAGGCCGCAGACCAACACCGGCCUCGAGCCGCAUCCCGUUGUCGUCCAAGAUGCGCGGGGCAGAGAGUCGGAGUUCUCGAUUGACACAACUGGCUUCCACUUUGUCAAGCAUGUCAGUGCGGAAAAAGACUUCGACGACGAGGAAAGGAUCAAGACGGUGUACUACAAGGAGGUUGAGGAGCUGCUGAAGCGGGAAGUUGGUGCCAAGCGGGUCUACAUCUUCGAUCAUACCAUUAGACGCAGACAGCAGGAUGAUCGUGUCAAUGAGCCCUCGGCGCGUGGUCCGGUGGAACGUGUUCACAUCGACCAGACCUUCGAUGCGUCCGUGAAACGUGUGCAUUAUCACCUCGGAGAUGAAGCCGACCGUCUUCUGAAGGGACGCGUUCGCAUCAUCAACGUCUGGCGGCCGAUCCACCACACUGUAGCGCACAAGCCCCUCGCCGUCUCCGACUGGCGUCACCUCGAUACGGAGCGCGAUUUGGUUUCUGUGCGAUUGAUUUAUCCCCACCGCGAGGGCGGCGUCUUCAGCGUGCGCUACAACCCGAACCACCGCUGGUACUACCUGUCGAACCAGACACCGGAAGAGGUGACGCUGAUCAAGUGCUACGACUCGGAGGUGGACAAGGCGAGGCUGACACCGCACUCUGCGUUUGCGGAUGCGACGAGUCCGCCGGAGGCUCCGCAUAGGGAGUCCAUUGAGGUUAGAUGCUUGGUGUUCGAUAACGAAUGAGCUGGCAAGGUGUUCGCUAGACUCUUGUAUUGAUGUGCCAAUCUGGUGGAAGUUCGUCUUGUGUCUUCGAGCGAUGAGCAGCCGAGCGGAUCGUAUCAGAAUGUAAUAACCGCAUAAGUAAAUACUGUUGCACAUAGUAAUAGCAUCUGAAUGCUGGAAAGCGCGAUUCCUGGUGUCAAUGCAUCAAAAAAAAAGUAGAUACGCAAACAAUCCG